UUUUCUUUUUCAUUCUGGAGCCGUCCAUUUUUUUUGUGGUUGGGAAGAUGAUAAAUUCAUUGGUUAAGUUCUGUGAACUUGCUUCUGCUUUGAUAUUUCUGCUUCUGUUGACGAGAAAUGCGCCUCAGUCAGUGACGGCAAGUCGUCCGCCACCGUUAACACGCACCACACGACUUUAUAACUUUGACGAUUUCUUGGAAAAUAUUGAUCGGGCCAAUCAGUUUUUGAAAAUGAAAAUGGUCGGAAUAAUAUCGCGAACAAGUGAUGAUGAAGAUCUUUUGUCAGAUGCCGGAAGCGGAAAUGGUGCGCCCGUUUCAUCGAAACGCAAUUUAUACCUUUAUAAUAAUGCUGACCGUCCAAAUGUGUGUUGCUAUCUGGGACGAGUAGCUGGUGAACGUGGUUUCCACUGCCAUUCCGAUGUCUAUAAAGCCAGAUACGACAAACGAAACCAGAAUAGAAUUCAAUGGCUGAGAAAACAUUUCACAGACAGCAGCAAUGGUGGCAACUCUCAACUGAAAUUCAUUCGCAGGAAAUUCGAUGUGCGUGGUAACCGCCAUUUGUCCAGAUCAAGCAAGGUAUCUCCUCUUUAUAGAAUCUACAAAGACCACAAGAAUGACGAUGAUGAUGACGACGGUAGUAGCACGAACUAUAACGGAAACGACUUAGAAAGGAAGAAAGUAUGGGAGGAAAAGAAUGCAAUUAAAUCGUUGAUGUUUAAUUUUCAAAGUUGCGUCUUUCGAAGACCCCAAGAUUUUCAUCGAUGCUGCUAUACAGCCAGCUAUCGGAAACAACAAAUGUACCGUUUUCACCGGCACAAACACUUCAGUCACGGUUACAAUUCUGUAAACGGGCACGUGAUAAACUAUUUUUAUUAAAAGAUACUAUACAGUUUACAUAUAU